UUUUUUUUUUUUGCACUUGAUACAUAUUGUUUCAAAACCAUUUUACAAAGAAAAUUAGUUCAUACAAGAGCACAAUUUGCCAACAAAAUAAUUUCAAGCUGAUUGUAAGCAUAAUAAGCCUUCUGAUCAAAAUGUUUUUAAGAUCAAGAGAAACUAAAUUUAGUGUCCAGACUUUUGACUGGUAUUGUGGAUUUGGCUGUACAUAUGAAGUACUCUUCGUAAAGGCUAAACAAGUCAUGUAAAAUACAAUGGAUCACAUAUCUGUAUUGAUAUACUGAGCUCAAUUUCUUUAUCAACAGUGGGAAGAAUGCUUGAACAGAACUACACAGAUGUGCAUGCACUGUUGGUGUCCUGGCUGCAGCACUACUUUAACGAGACAAUGGCAUUUGGAUCAGCACCGUAUACACCACCACACCAGCUACCUGUGCAUCUGAGUGGAGCUCCAGUCCAAGAUAAAGGUUACGGCAUGAUCUACAUCUGUCUGAUGGUGGGACUCUUUAGUUUCUUCACCUUUGGCAUUAUGUUCAGCUACAUUCGCUCAAAGAAGGUGGAGAACUCACAGGAUCCAUAUCAUCAGUAUAUAGCUAAAGACUGGGCCAGUGUAGCAUAUCCUGUAGUCAUCAGUAACCCAUCUGCUCUUGGACACCUUCCAGGGUACAGUGGAAAAGACCAGGAGUGGGCCUAAAUUAUCCUGUCAGUGACUUCUGCAUAGUGCAUUGAUUUCCAUACAAAUUAUGUAAAGUUUUUAAAUGAUUCUGUUACAUUACAUCAUUAAAUUAGUAUUACAAUGUCACUAUCAUUCAUAUAAUGCAAUAAUCCUUUCUUGUUUAAAAUAAAUGAGAAACUAUACAGUCUGCU